AAAAAAAACAAACAAACAAAAAACAGGCAUACAUAUAUUUUUCUAAAGCUUAUAGCUGGUGUGGAUUAUUAGCGCUUGCGAGAGACUUAAUUAUUUUACAAAAAUUUAUAUAACAACAAAUAAUUCAUAUUUCUAUGACAUUUACAAAAUGAGUGACGAAGAUCAAGCUGUAAAGACUGCAGAACAAUCAAUUAAUAUCGAGUACGACUCGGAAACUGUGGGCCAACAGGAGCGCGAGCAUAAUGAACCACAGUCUGAUGCUUGUGAAUUUGCACGUUUGCCAGAAGCGCCACCACCGCCCGAACCGGAGCCGAUCCGUUUGGCACUUUUGCCGCCAGAUCAUCCGCUCUUGCAGAAAUUUCAGGCAAAUCUGAGAGAUUACCUCUUGCGCACUAAGGAGCAACUUCGCAAUGAAAUCGCCGAAAUCAAAUAUCAACUUAAACAGAAGGUGGCGGCACGCGAAGAGCAGGGUGCAAAGUUGUAUGACUUACAGCAGGGCAUUAAUCGCCAGAACGAACAGUUGGAGGAUUAUGUGCAGGAGAUAGAAGUAAAUAUGCAAAAACGUGUAGAGAUGGAAGCUGAUGUAGCACAACUCAAAGAGGAAUACGACAAACGUUUGCAAGUGAAGAAGGAGCAAAAGCAAAAUUAUAAUCAACGUAUGAUUGAAUUGGAGAAUAUGAACACAUUAGAGGGACACAUACGAAAUUGGGCGGAUGAGGUGGAGGAUGAAGUGAAGAAUGCCAAACGUAUUGUCAAUCGUGACACGCAAUUGCAAAAACAACUAUCCGAAGAUAAAAAGAAAGCGGAUAUGCUCUUCUACCACUUGGACAUGGAGGUCAAGAGGAAGGAGCAUGAAGUGGAAAUAGUACGUAGUGAGGUCCAAGAUAUGCGUGACAUAACAGACGUACUAAAGAUGAGCAUUAAUGAUGCAAAUACCGAUUUGGAAGUGUUGCAAACGGAGCACAAACGUCUAACUCAAGCGUGGAGCGAGGUGAUUGUGGCCAUACAACAUCGGGACAAAAUCCUAUACCAAGCGCAACAAUCAAUGAACAAAGAACAAGAAUCCAUUAAACUCAACACGAUGAGUAUCGAAUCGAUUAAAAAACAAAUAACUAAGGAAACGAAGCAAAAUGAAAAAUUGGAAUCCUUCAAAUCUCGACUUUUAACGGAGUGCGGAAAUAUUAAGCGAGAAUGUCAAAAACAGUCUGACAUUCUGUUCGGGCUACAAGCGAAACUCGACGAACUACCACUUUGGUUGAAACAAAACGAAAAGGACUUAACUGAAGCGAAUCGCGAAGGUGCCACUUUGGAAACCGAACUGCGUAGAAUGCAAUGGAAAAGUGAUAAAUUGUAUGCAAGGAAAUAUCAAAUCGAAGAAAGCAUGUUGAAACUGGCACAAGAUCAAUUAAUCACAGACAAAGCAAGUCAAUAUCGUUUGAAACUGUUGCGUGAGGCACAAGAAACCCGCCGUGGCACAGAGUUGAAUCUGGCUGUUGUACAAAGUCAACUCUCUGACACUCUACUCGAUACAGAACGUUACAGAGGCAUAUUAGUGAAACUGCAUCAAGAUCACGAAGAUCUCGAAAAGAAACUGCAAACUGUGGAUCGCAAUGCAGAACUCAUUUCGGCCGAGACCAACGGUAUUGAGACGCAAAUCGACAUAAGAUUGAAAAAAAUUGAUCGUUUAUCAAGUCGGUUGGAAGAACUAAAUCGGUUGGGGGAAGAAGCGGGCUUCAGUGUUCAAAUUAAAAAGAUUAAAAUAUUGGAGAGAGGCAUACAAAGCACUGAGCAACAGAUACGUGAGCUUCAACAAUUUUGGCUGAUGAUGCAAAAUCACUAUGUUAAUUUGUCCGACAAGAGGAGUAAUCAACUGACCGAAAUACAAGUGACACAGAAACAGCUGGGCAUAAUAAAGCAGAAAUCUCUAAAAAUCGACGUAGACCUGGAAAAGCAGGAAGAGGCCACAAGAGAGCUGGAGCAUGAUAUACAAAUUUAUUUAACCAAAUUGGAACUCUUGAAUAAAAAAAUGUGCAAUGCACGCUCCCAGCAUGAUGCGGAGGAAAACGAAUGUCAGAUGGAGCACAAUGAACUUGUACUUAAGCUGAAGGAUCAUGAAAUGAAUGUUCUAAAUAUGGAAGCCGAAAUCGAUGAGCUACAAGACGAAAUUGAUAAUUAUAAAGACCUGGUGCUGGAUAAGCAUCGCGAAUCAUUAUCAUGGGAGACCAAAUAUAAAUUGAUCGAAGAGACUUUACGUUGGCGCAAAGACGAAAUGAGUCUGACGAGUGAGAUUGGUAACAUGAAAACCGAGAUACAUCGCAUGAAAAUACGCUAUCAGCAAUUGUCGCGUGCACAAGAGAAACUAGCGCAGGAUCUGCAACAUGGUGUGGCGCAUCGUGAGCACAUCUACAUAGCAGCUUCGGCUAAAAAAUUGGCCGAAGUGAAAGCUCAACGCAUGAAAACCGGUAUUUCCACACAACAGAAAGUCACCGAUUUGCGUAAUCGUUUGAAGAAAAUUCAAAAUGAGAUUAGUAUUAUUAGCGAUGAACAACUAAUGAAAGUCACACGGGACAAUGCACGUAUAUGCGCCGAUCAGAAACGUUUGAACGAUGAAAUUGAACGCGAGAAAGCACUCGACGAAGAGUUGCGUCGGAAGAUUGACGACAGCCUAUUGCAGAAACAUUACAACUUAGAACGCAUUGUUAGAAAACAAAACCGUGCGAAAUCCUAUCGACGUUUGGGUGUGGGCAGCACGUCUCCAAAAAUACGCUCCGAAAGCACAUUGAAUCAGCUGCUGCAAAAGCAAAUGGAAAUCAAUGACAAUAUUCUUGAUGUUGUUCAACAUUUAAACACUGAAUUUCCAGAGAAGAAAAAAUUCUUCGCCAAGAUCACUCAAAUUCUUAGAGAUUAAAAAAAAAAUAUUAAGAAAUUAUUACGCUUUAAUAUACUUUUGAUCUGAGUUUCAUCCGCAUUUAUGUAACUGCUGAAACAAACAUUCAAAAAUGAUUUUUGGAAUAAAUAUUUUGG